UCACCUCCAAUUGGAGCGCACCUAUUUCGACUGUUUUGUCGCCUGAACGAAGAUGGCCGACGAGGCGAGCCAUCAGCUUGCUCGACAAGUGGUGGCCAAGCUCUGUCAGCCGCUGGGCUGGCAGGGGAUGCAGAACGGAGCCUGCGACGUGCUCGCCGACCUCCUGAAGCGUUACGUCAUCACUCUGGGUCGUACGACGGCUGCUUACGUAACCAACGCCAAUAGAACUGAUGCCACACUGGACGAUGUUGCCUUUGCCUUUGAAGACCUCGGAAUAUCCAUGGACGAUCUCUUUGUUUACUCUCGUCUGGUUGACUCCGCCCCGCUCCCCGCCCUUCCUCACUACCCACUCCCUCGACACUCCGCCCACAUUUACUCACCUCCGUCUGCCCCGCCCACUACCUCGAAACCCCGCCCAUUGCUAUCGGAAGAGGAAGAAGAGGGUGAAGGGGAGAGGGGCGAUAUAAUUCCUCCAUAUUUUCCUCCUCUUCCGUCUAAGAAAAUGGAGGAUGACGAUGAUGAUGCGGAGAGCGGAGUUCACGAGCCGGUGGAGAGAGAGGGAUUGGGGGAGUCAUCGGAGCUCCUCCCCACACCGGGGGACCCACUCAGUGGACUCCCACAGAUGUUCCGUAGUCGCAGUAGACUUUCCUCGGAGAUGAGCGAGGAGGGGGGAGAAGCGGGGAGCAGACGAAGCAGUUUUUCCGACUCCUCGGGACUGGUUCUGAAUCGCUGGGUAUCGGAACCUGCUGCUGCCGGUAGUGGGGUGACAGGGCAAGCCAGUGGGAAUCGAAAUCCAGCAGAAAUUUCGAAUUCUGCCACUGAGAGCUCACUUCAGGUAUCUCCAGAAGACUGUACAAGUCUAGUAGCCAGUAAAGAAAGUUCCCUGACGAAAUCUUCCACCACCGUUGUUUGCCCUUUGAGGGAAAUUUCUGGAGAAUUUUCACAAGUGCCCGCGAGGUGUCUGAUCCACAGGGAACUGAUCCAGACAGUUCUGGGGGAAGAAAACCAACUGAAGCCGCUUCUUCUUCUUCUUCUCGUCCUCCUCCGCUCCGACUUAUGAGUGGCGGAGGAAAUUUGGACCCGUUGCCGAUUAUCUCACCUCUUCUUCCGUCUCCGCUAGCUGGCGGAGUCAGACACGCCCUCCCUCUCCUCUCUCCUCUCUUGACCACGCCCACCCCACCCAACCCCCCGGCGAAACUACCGCCAAUCGCCACGCCUCUACCGUCUUCACCCCAAUUAGUGCCCACCACAGGGCAAACCAAGUCUCUGGGAUCGACCCAACCUCACCAGACGUCCUCAGCAGCUGAUAUUGAGACGGAAAUUGAAAGUGAAAUGAAAAUAUCGACUGGCUCAGUUUCAUUCGUCCACUCGCUAAAAGAAGCGUCUAGUGUUGAAUCGACCGGCAGGUCACCUGAGACUGCAGUAAAGCUAGCGUCAGUUGAAAAACCACAGUCUACCACAGCCACAGAGAAGACGGACAAACCAACGUACGAAUCUUUCUCCCCUUCUCCUCCGAGAGUGAACUCUCCGGAGGCCAAGGGAGAGGAAGGAGAGAGUUUGAGUGACGAGGAGUCGCCUUCGCCAGAGGAGACACAGAGCGACAUCCCCGUGGAAACGAGAGUGACAGAAUCCUCACUUUACUCUCCUUCCACCCUCCCUCUCACAUCCACACCCGCAAUUUCUUCGCCACAACUUCAACCCGUUCGUGAAAAAUCAGCCGUUCAAUCCGGAGAAGAAGAAGACGAUAACGAUAAUGAAAGCAUCAUUUCUUCUGCUAGUUCAAAGGCCUCGUUAGAGGAACCUGAAAAACCGGAAAUAGAAACUGGUUUUUCUCUCAAUCAGUCAAUGGGGGAGGAAGAGAGGGCUUCACUGACGGCGGAACUAGUGCGACUAAGAUCUUGCGAAGUUGCCGAUAUCAACACUGAAGGGGGCGGGGAAGGAGGCGUGGCUUGUAUCCUUGACGACGACGAGGAGGAGAUGGAUAUUCCUGAUAUCGACAAGCAGUUGGAACUGAGUGAGUCUGACGACAGCUCCUCUAGUGGGACCAGUUCAGGUUCAGAGGGCGAAACAGGCCGGAAAGUUCCGGAAGUUGAGGAGGAAGAGGUAAGGAUUUUUCUGGAGCCGCCCAAAGCCGCAGUUCGCUCCUCUUCGCACUCUCUCGCCUCGACUCCCAGCGUCAGUCCCAGUCCCAGUCCCAUUCCCGGUUCCACUAGUCUCCAUUCCAUUCCAGUAUCGGUAUCUGACCCACUGCCCCCUCCAACCGACCCUUACCUCAAACCGUCGCCCGUGUCUUUCGGUCUAAAAGACGUUGCGAAGUCCGCUCGACAAGUUCCACUAUCGCAACAUAGAGAAUCUACCGGGUCGUUCGUAGUAACAAUCAAAACUGGCCUUGUUCCUUCGCUGAGGGAGAGAGGGAGGAGAGGGAGAGAAGGGGGCGGGGGGAGAAACAGGAGGCGGAGAAAGGAGCCGUCUUCACGCUCUGCAAGUCUUCAGAAAGACUCGGAGAAAAAACAGAAGAAGCGUUUUCCCCCUUUGCAGAGAUCUCUACAGUCACCGGUUGCUUCUGCUAAGAUAAAGAGCGAACCGCAUGCUCCUCAUUCUCCUCUGAUUAUCUGCAUUAAACGUUCGCUUCUUCAUCAAGAGUCGCCCCUGGUAACGACCUCUGACCUCCUGCCGCAACCCGAAUACGACGAAGAGGAAGAAGAAGAAGACGAUGACGACGAUGUAAUCGUAACUCAUUCAAGUGCCGAAAGGGUUAAAUUCAAACCGCCAGCGAUCGAAAGGGUUAAAACGGAAACUCCGUCGAGCAAAGGGUGGUAUCCAGGACAGGGUUCUCAAUAUUCGGCCCCCGAGGGGCCCACCCCGGGGCAGGGAGUCUGGAGGAGGGAAUUGGAUAUCUCGGAAAUGGGACUUGUAGCUCCGCCUCCUCCUGUACUUUCUCAAGAAACCCAACAUGUCAGGAUCAUUCCGCAGCCUUCUUCUUCUUCUUCAUCUGGCGACAGCGACAGUACUGACAGCGAAUCGUCGUCCCCCUCCCCCCUCUCACACCCUCCCGCCCCCUCCCCCGCUCCGUCGCCGUGGCAACGACCAAUCAGAUCGGAGGACGAGGAGUCGACGUCGAGCGGUGCCACUGUCGGCAGUGGGGGACUCAAACUGAAAUUGAAAAUCAGCAAAGCGUUUCUUCAGAGCAUGCCUAUACUCGGGAAGCAGUCGCCAGGGAAACCAGAUAAAAAGCACAGGAAAAAAGGGGCUGCCGCAACCGAUUCCAUGGCAACGACCUCUCGGGGAGGUCGCGAGGGUCAGUCGCGGAAGAGAGGAAGAUCAAAUAAAAAUCCUCAGAAAGCUGGGAAGAAAGGCGGGUCAAACAUUCCCCAAAUAAAGCUCCCCAAGCUGGAACUGUCGGCGCUGCCCGGAGCAACAUCGUCGUCGUCAUGGAAACAGACCACACCCCGUUCGGGGAGGGCGGGGCUGUUUCCGCCGCUAAAGUUGCCGGGAGUGGCUGUCAGUCCUGGCGGGGAAGUUUGGUAUUGUCCUCACUGUUCGAAGCCGGACGACGGCUCUCCGAUGAUUGGGUGUGACGGUAGCUGUGAGGGUUGGUACCAUUGGUGAGUUGGUGGAGGUGGGGGAAGGAGAGAGAGGUGAAAGAGAGAGUGAGGGAACGUCCAAAUUUUGUAGUUUUCUGAGUCCGUGCGCUUGAGAAAUAGUUGAGCCAAUCAAAUCUCUGGGUUUCUGAAGGUCAUGUGACCUAAGGUGUUUGCAGGUAGUGAGCAUUACAUCAUCAUUAUGAACAGUGUACUAUACAACGAGGUUGUUUCAUUAUGUGUGAUUGACUGGCAGGUACUGUAUUGGAAUAACACAGGCUCCACCAGAGAACGAGAGAUGGUUCUGCCCCUCAUGCGCCCGAAAAAACAAGAAAAAGAGCAGAAAGAGAAGAAACUAGGCCACCUACUGUGCCCAUAGGCACUUUCUUAUUAUGAGCAAUGUCACUGUAUACGUAUAUUCAUGCUGGUCAUCAUUAGUGAUUACUA